AUGGCAUCAAGACAGAAGUCAGCAAAUUUUUCGGAGUUAGAAAAAGAAAGUUUUCUAGAGCUUAUCCAUGCUAGGAAGGACAUCAUAGAAAAUAAGCAGAAUGACGGCAGAAUGGUUAGUAAGAAGAACACAGAAUGGAUAAAUAUUGAGAAAAAAUUUAAUUCUAGACAUAGUGUAAACAAGAGAACCAUAACACAGUUGAAAUCAUUAUGGAAAAAUCUAAAAGCCAGAACGAAGUCUGCCGUUGCCAAGGAGAGGAGAGAGGAGAAAAAGACAGGUGGAGGACCAUCUGAGAAAAGCUUGGAUAAAAUUUCCAGCACCAUAUCCGAAAUGCUUCCUUAGCAAAUUAAUAGUUUGCGAAACCCAUAUGACGAUGAUGCAAGUCUCCAUGGAGAUGAACCAGAAGAUGACAAUGAAGAUUCAGAUGAUAAUGACGAGGUAUACUAG